AAAAUUAAACGAAUUUCCAAAGUAAAACAGGUUGGGAAGCGACCAUAAUGGUAUGUAAAAGUUUUUUUGGUUUUUUUUCAUAUGGGGAAAUGUUUUAUGAAAUAGAUUAUGCAACAAAAUCUACAACCCAGCCCUCUGGGGCCUCACACACAAUAAAGAAGAACAAGUUAACUCUUCAAAUUUCAGUUUUUUUGGAGCUCCAACCUCCACCCUUUGUCAUAAAAUAGUAUAAACUAUAUUUUUGUUUUGGGGCUUUUGUUUUUCUCCUGCUUCCGUGUUUUAUGUACAUUGUAUUUAUUAUUGUGUAUACUUGUACUGCAAGAAAACUUUACAGCUCCAAAUAAAGUACGUCUUUCUCAUCAACACUGCCUUCUUUUCGUUUUAACUUCUCCCACAGAGCAGUCUUAAUUUUCACAAUAAGGCAAAGAUGGCGGCCACUAAGUCUAAAGCCUCUACAAAAGCCUCAACAACCGCCGGGAGCCUCGUCUUAGACUAUGUGAAGUACUACAAAGCGAUCCUCGCUCGCACGCUGUUCGGGACUCAUGCUCUGGUGACGGUCUGGAGAACGACUGUCAUUAUGGGUGUGGCUUACUGGGCACUCGCUUUUGGGGUUUUCUUGUUGUCCGUGGAGUACGUGGUGACCAUGUGGGUCAGGGCUGGUCAGGAGUGGCCCUGGGUAUCCCCCAGCACCUUGUGUUACCUAGCAACGACAGCCUCCGCUCUGUGGGUGCAAAAACUGGAGAGCUUGGGUCACCUGACCGGACAAAAUGGGUCAAAUGUGGCCUCUGUGCCUGGAGUAGGCAUGCAGCUCGACUUUUCGGCCGGCGAUUGGCUGCUGCUGACAGAGCAGACGAUGAUGGUCACCAUUAUUUUGAGCCGGUGGCUUUUGCCGAAGGGCGACAUGGCCCACACACAGUUGUCCUCCCUGCUACUGCUCUAUCUUGGACUAUCUGCUGACAUCCUGGAUUUUUCAACCAUAUUCAGCGAACCGAAGAUCGCCGCCGACAAGACGAUAUGUUACGUGAUCCUGUUAGUGUGGACAGGCAGCCUGUGCCAGUUUUUCCUGGUGUUGACCAGUACGAGCAAGAACAACGCAGACGAGGUCAAGACCAGCCUCAGAAGCAUUGUCUGCUCCAGCGAGGUCUGGCAGAUCCUCGUCCAGGUCGGCCUGCAGGAUUUCCCGUUCCUGCUGAUCAGAGUACUGGCCUUGCUGCAGUACGAGGUGUUCACAUACACAAUUAUUUUCUUUGUGUGCAAAAACUCAUUAAUCAUAUCUCUGGAGAUUUACCACAUGGUGGCAGUGUGCAAGCAGCAACAUAAAAAGCUGAAGCGACGCCGGGUCAGAGUUGCCGAGCUGAAAAGCAAAUUCACGAACGUGGCCGGAGCUGUGGGGGCCAUGAACAAACGUAGAUUAGCUGGCCUCUUCACUGGUGCUAAGGGCGGUGACGGCCUAUCGUCAGCUACAGCAGACGAUCCAAAGGCAACAGCGUCCGUUCAAGAGGUACGUUCGAAAAUAGAUUCAGGCGAAAAGCCGACAGGAGGGAAUAAUUCAGGAGAUUCUCUCUCUGUUUCAACAGCAGAGCCGAACAGGAAAGUGGUUUCGCCUAACACGUCUCGCAUAGCCGGGGUUUUUGCCAAGAUUUCUGGGAAAAACUUAUCCUCUGCUGCCAAGAGUGGUGCGAUCGAGAAGACCCAAACUAUCAAAAGUUUGGGCAAUGUCUCAACCAAAAGCGAUACGGAUAGCGGAAUUGUUGAGAAUGAGGACACGGCGACCUCUUCACCCACAACAGUCUGCAUUGGGGAUCAGAAUAUUUUCGGCGACGAAAACGUGUCAGAAAGUCAGGAAAAAGUGGAUUUACAUAGCAAAAAGUCGCUUCCAAACACUGGAAACAGUCUUGCUCUUCUGAACAACUUGAAAAGAGCGAACAAAGCUGGCUGGUUUGCGGAGGCUAGACGAGGCACACCCCCUUUGUCUCAUACACUAGCCACUGUCCACUCGCCAUCAGCUGACACCAGGGAGAAGGUGUUUACUACAGCAACAGCAUCACCAUUCGCUGUUAAAGAAAAUAUUUUUUGAUCUGACAGAGUAUCUGUCUGUUUCUCUCUCCUUAAAGCUUUGUCGAGCUUUAUGGGAGGAUUAUUUUCCAGACUUUGUUUUUCUUUAUUUAUUCAAAUUUCGAUUUUGUUUAAUUUUCUUCUUCUUUGUUUGGUUUUUAAUACUCAUUACCCUUUCAUAUUUUCUAUUCUCUCAUCCCUUCAUGCUGGGCUUAAUUUUUCUACUGCCCCACCCAACCUCCGAAUCCAAACCAUAAAACCCUAUUCUACAUACAGAAUCCAAACCACGACACUCCCUCUACAUUUUAUUAGUGUCUCUGGACCCUCUUUUUCUGUACACCCUCUCCCUCUCUCUCUCUCU